AUGAGACGCUCGCAGUACAUGAUCCUCUACCAGAACCGGACCGCGCCGAUGGAAGCCGGCGCUUUUACCCAGAACAAACUCACCGUUCGGCCCAGCAACGGAGACGUCAUGGAGGUGUUCUUUGACUACAAAGCCCCCAAGUUCCAAGAGCCGAAGGCAGGCGGCAUUACAGCCUCCCACAGGUCGGCGCUCGCAAUCCUUCCUUGGGAAAUGAUCCACUCGGCCGACCAGCAAACGGCGGCGUCGAGCGCGAGGAUCAUCUAUCGAGGUACCGACGGGUGGCUGCAGAACCAUGACCGCUCCUCCGGUGGUCAGGAGCUCACGUCGUCGGGCCAGCUGCCGGUGACUUUCGAUUCAAACUUCACAAUGGCUGGCUUUGCCGUUGUCCGACUUGAUUCGGGAAGUCAGAACUCGGGUACUCUGAACACAUGGGUUUUGUACUAG